AUGGCCCUGCCUGGGCAGAUCCUCGAAUUCUUUCAACCUUCGUGGACAGUCCUGCUCCUAGGAUUUCUCAUUGCCAGACUUUUGAUCAACAAAUAUGGAGGAAAUCUGAAUUCAAUCCCAGGGCCUUUCAUUGCAGGCUUCUCGAACCUUUGGCGUGUGCUAAACACCCUCCUUUCCAACCCAGCCGAGACACAAAUCUCGUUGCACCGAAAGCACAACUCACGUUUUGUGAGGAUUGGUCCUCGUGUUGUGUCCAUUUCUGACCCAAACCUCAUACCGACCAUCUAUGGGAUCAAGUCAGACUUCAAAAAGACCAAGUUUUAUUCCCUCGCCGAACUGUGGUACGAAGGUAGAUGCACGCCGGGUCUGUUUGAGAGCCGCGAUGAAGCCUACCACGCGCAAAUCAGGAAGCCUAUCGUGAAUGCAUACAGUAUGUCUACAAUCCUCGAGUUUGAGCCGGCGGUCAACUCGACUGUUGCGUUGCUUAUAUCUAAACUGGACCACCUUGCUGCUUCCGGAAGGCCCCUAAACCUGGGAUUGUGGCUGUACCGUUUCGCCUUUGAUGUCAUAGGCGAGAUCCUGUUCAGCAAGAAAAUCGGCUUCCUCGAAUCAGAAGCUGACGUUGAAAGUAUCAUGAUUGGCAUUCGCGCCUUUACCAAGUAUUUUCAGUUGGCUGGACAAAUCCCAAUCGUGGACCGGUUUCUCUUGAAGAAUCCUCUGAUGCUGAAAUACGGGCCAGCCAAUCCAAUAGUCACUUUCACACUCAAUCGAAUAAGAGACAGGGUGGCUUGCAGGGCAAAUGAGGGUCAGACAGAGCGCGACUUUCUCGAGAGAUGUUUCGAAGCUCAAGCCAAAUACCCCGAGGCUGUAACGGACAGGAUGAUCAUGCUGUACAACUUUGACAACAUUGCAGCCGGGUCUGAUACGACCGCAUUGGCAUUGACUGCGGUCAUGUAUUAUCUUCUCAAGAAUCCGGAAACUCUGCAAAAGGCCGUCGCGGAGCUCGAUUGUGCAGAGAAAGAGUGCCGGCUAAGCGAAUACAUUACGUGGAACGAGGCGAGCAAGCUACCCUACCUGCAGGCCUGCAUCAAGGAAGCAAUACGCAAGUUCCACUUCUUCCGAAUCCUCCCAGAGACUUGUUCUGACAAUUACAGGCAUGCAUCCCCCUAUUGGCCUUAUCCUCGAACGAUACGUCCCAAGCGGAGACGAAAUAAGGAAGUGUACAGCGAGGACUGCGAUAGUUUCAGGCCAGAGCGAUGGCUUGAAGAGUCAGAGGAACGACUUGCGGCUAUGGAAAGGGCCAACUUUGCGUUUGGUUAUGGAAAGCGUGGAUGCUUGGGUAAGAAUAUUGCCAUGUUGGAGAUUUCUAAGCUGGUGCCGCAGCUGCUUCGUCGCCACACGUUCAAUUAUGGACUAGUUCUCAUUGGCGCGUCCUGA